GAAUUCAGAUUAGUGCAUUACGCUGGCGAUGUUACGUACAACGUUCGCGGAUUUCUCGAGAAAAACAAUGAUUUACUAUUUCGAGAUUUACGUGAAGUUAUGUCGCAUACUACGAAUUCCAUUACAAAGACUGUAUUUGAUGUGAAAGAUUUAACCAGUAAGAAACGUCCAGAAACUGCUAUAACUCAAUUUAAAAACAGUUUAAAUAAUCUGGUUGAGAUUCUCAUGGGUAAAGAACCGUCUUACGUUCGUUGCAUCAAACCUAAUGAUUUUAAAAUGGCCC